GCGAUGGAAGUGUCCUCGAAGAAGCAGAAGGUCGCCGACGACGUCGACAGCAGUGGCAGCAGCGCAGAAGGAGAUGAGCCGAUGGUGACUAGCCAGUCGUUCAUUUCCUCCACUAACGUUGUCAACGUCACCGUCUCCUCGAUGGGGGUGGACGAGUUCAGAGACUUCAUCGAGAGUUCACACGGCACCCCUUCCGACGCACCCAGCGUGACUCCCCCAAUCGGAAACGUGGCGAGUUCAACCGGUACCGCUUCCCACGCACCCAGCGUUACUCCCCCAAUCGGAAACGUGGGGAGUUCAACCGGUGCCCCUUCCGACGCACCCAGCGUGACUCCCCCAAUCAGAAACCUGGCGAACAAAUUCAUCGACAUUUAUGAACCCUAUCUUCCCGAAGACUUCAUUCAGAAUUUUCCCGACGUCGGCGAUCAGGUCGCCGACGACAACGCGUGCGUUGGCCACAAGGAACCUCUUUCCUCACUGGUUGCUGAGUUUCAAUCAGGCAGCCCCAUCAUUCAGGCAAAAAUCAAGCUCCUUUAUGACAACUAUGCUGCACUGAGGCGAGUACGAAAAGAUGGAAAUUGUUUCUAUCGAAGUUUUAUGUUCUCCUAUCUGGAACAUAUAUUGGAAACACAAGACACAGCCGAGGUUGAUCGCAUUCUUGCAAAUAUUGAACAGUGUAGGAAGGCACAGCUAGUUCUGGGAGACCAAGAAUAUAGGAUCAGUGAAAUCUUCUCAUUAUUCAUUGAUCUGCUGAAAAGUGUUAUUCAAGAGAACGACAAUUCAAUCAGUCACGAGUUGCUUCUGGAGAAGAGCUGUGAUCAAAUGUUUUCAGAUAGUGUUGUUUUGUUCUUCAGGAUGGUUACUUCUGGCGAAUUACGCAUAAGAGCAGAGUUUUUUGCGCCGUUUGCUGGCGUAGAAAGUACAGGCAUGGCCAAGUUCUGCCAGGACUCGGUGGAGAUGAUGGGGGAGGACUGCGACCAUGUGCACAUCACAGCUCUAUGUGAUGCAUUAGGCGUGCCGACACGUGUGGAGUGUCUUGACCAGAGCACAUCCAGCUCCGGCGACUUAACGCCAAAACAUCACGACUUCAUUCCGAUGCAGAGCAGUGCGUCCGACGCAGGCGACCCACCGGUGCCGCGCGUGACCUUGCUGUAUCGCCCUGGCCACUACGACAUCCUCUACCCAAAGUGAUCUCUUACAGACUGCUGCUACAUCGGAUCAGAGUCGGACGAGGGGGGAAUUAUCUCCAUGUGAUGCCAAAUGAAUCGCUCCUGGGCAUCUAUCUACUC